AUGCAUUCCUUGAUAGUCUUCUUCGCCGCUGCUGCGACAGUAACGGUCUAUGGUCAACAACAAAGUUCAGGCUAUGAAAAUGCUGAGCUAAUUCAACCUGCACCUCCUGCACUUAGCGCCGAGAACGGAGACCAGCAAGCAUACAACUCAGAUGCCUUCGUAGCUCCCGCUUCUCCUUCGCCACCUCCUCCUCCAUCCCCACCACCUUACGCAUCAUCGGCACCUCCAGCUUCUUACAACACUCCUGUAUCUGGUUAUGCAACUUCCCAACCUCCAGCAUCGUAA